AUGAGGAACUCGCAGCUAAGUACAAAGAAAUUGAAGCCCUCAAGAAGAAACUUGCUGAAGAAAUUGCAAAAUGAGAAGAGAGAAGCCGCUGAGAAAGCACUUUCUGAGAUGAAAAUCAAGAAAGUCGACUUGGAAACUUUAAACAAAGACAUUGAAGAUAAGGAAGGCGAAAUUUCCGACUUGAAGAAAAAGCUUGAAGCCGAAGAAGACAAUCAAAGGAUCUCGAGACACAAUUGCACGAAGAAGGAAGAUGACAUUGCCGAUUUGGAGAAACAAGUAAAGAAAUUGCAAAACACCAUUUCUGAUGUCAACGCACAGAAUGAAGACACUGGCGCUGUUUUGAAUGAUACUAAAGACGAUACUGAGAAGAAACUCGACCAACAAGUGUGUUUGGGGGAGAUGUCUUCUGUAGACUCUUUUAAAAAAGUUGUUAAGCAGUUUGGUGGGAAUUAA